AUGGGGACGCAGCAGCUGGACUGGCAGCAGGAGGACCCACAGCCUGAGGAGCAGCAGGGUUUGCAGCAGCUGGACUGGCAGCAGCAGGCAGGGCUUGCAGCAGCUGGACUGGCAGCAGCAGGGCUUGCAGCAGCUGGACUGGCAGCAAGAGGACCCACAGCCCGAGGAGCAGCAGGGUUUGCAGCAGCUGGACUUGCAACAGCUGGACUUGCAGCAGCUGUCCUGGCAGCAGCAGGGCUUGCAGCAGCUGGAUUGACAGCAGCUGGACUUGCAGCCCCCACAGGAGCCACAGCCCCCCUUGCAGCCUCCGCAGGAGCCACAGCCCCCCUUGCAGCCCCCACAGGAGCCACAGCCCCCCUUGCAGCCCCCACAGGAGCCACAGCCCCCCUUGCAGCCCCCACAGGAGCCACAGCUGGAGCAGGAACAGGCUGGCACACAGCAGCACACGGGCUUGCAGCAGCUGGAGCCACAGCCCCCACAGCUGGAGCCACAGCCCCCACAGCUGGAGCCACAGCCCCCGGAGCAGCCACAGCAGGUCAUGGUUCUGGAGGUGGAGGGUGGAGGAGGUUUCAGAAGUCGUCCGUGGUCUUACCGGGAACAACAAAAAACUGGAGAAAAGGCCCUGGCCCUGAUGCUGCCGCCUGCAGGUGGAGCCGGCUGACCUCCCGCGCACUCGGGUGCUCACUGGACGCGGCCGUCUCUCCUCAGCUCCGCAGGCUGCUGUCGCCCUGCCGGAGCCCCUCACUUUGUUACGCACUGUGUGCAGCCCGCUGGCCGCAGAAUCCCUUCCCUGUCCAGUUUCUGAAAAUCCCGAGCCUGUGAGGCCUGGGGGAGAGCGCAGAGGGACCCGUAGGGCGCAAGCCAGGGGCUGUCGAUGGCGCCACCUGCACCUCGCCCGCCGCCAGAGAGGGAACCGGACAGGUGAGUUCAGGACAGCAGCCACCGCCCUUUGCCUGGGACCCAUGCGCUCUCCCCGCAGGACACAGGCUCUUGGAGCAGCCGCCCAGCGCCCUGCAACAUGGCCUCAGCGCGGGAGCUGCAGCGGGACGAGCACCCCUCCAGUGGGUGUGCCCCGCCCAGGGCCUGGUGUGCCGCCCUGCGCUCCUCCUCCCUGCCUGGUCUCCUUUCCGUCUUCAGGGUUAAACUGGAAUUGAAAGGAGAACAAGUUGUCUGGGAACCUGUCCACCGCCACCCCCAGAGUGCUGACCCCCAGAGCGGCCCUUCCAGUGGGCUAUCUUGCGGUUCCUGGACUGGAUUAAGGAGGAGUCCAUUUCCCAAGGCUGCGGCAUCACAGCCGGACGCUGGAAACGUGAGGAACUGGGCCAAGAAAAGGCUCAAUGCAGAGUCAGCGUCAGGAAUGUCAGGUGGCUGAAGUCGCCAAGGGUGGUGCACAGGCCAUUCUGCUUCUGUCUCAGGGACACCAAUGCCUUGGGGCCCAGAUGUACCAGGCAGGUGGCAUUGGCAGAGCUGAAUGCCAUCAGCGGUUCAUGGCCUUCCCAGGUCUACUUCCCCUAGGGAGCAAGCUCAGCCCCUUCCUCCUGCCCAGGACUCCCCGAGGGUGUCUCACCUCCUGGAAUCCACCCGGGGCAGCCUCUAUCUGCUCCUGGGCCUGAGGUGCAGGCCCAGGGUGGCCCUCCAGGAGUGUGAGGAGAGGCGGGGUCUCCCCGACCUGCCGAGGCUCCUGGUGGGUGGUAGUGCCAGGAAGUUUGGAGGUGACACCUGGCUAUACCCCAGGCCUGUAGCAGGGAAACACUCCAUUCAGGGCGUCUGUGAAGGGCCUGGUGCUGUCCAGUGGGAGGAAGAGUCGGCCACACUCCCGGCCUCUGGGCAGUGGCUUUCUGCCGGAGCGUCACUUGCCUGUUUUAUUUCUCUGUGGGCAAAUAAGACAAUCAAGAAAAUGCUGUAGUCGUGCUACUGUGUGCUUGCCUUGAGAUCUGCCACGCUGGCGCCUCCAUUAGCUUCAUCCUCCAUGACACUGGGAUGACCUGCCGUCUCCUCUUAAGGUGUGCUUGGUCAGAAGCUUCUGAUUUUGUAUGUUCCUUUGUGUGCAUAUUCAGUCAUGCGUAAGUGUCCUCAGCAGAGAAGGCUGGCCCGAGUCCUAGGUGAGGGUCCAGGGCACCUCUCACCCACUUCCUGACGCUGGUGUCCAGGUGAGUGACGGGCACCCAGUGACAGUGUGAAGGCAGGGUCCUCAGGGUGAUUCCUGAGCAGUUGUCUUCCACAUCUCUUAGCUCUUUGUCAUGAAGGUUUUCGCCUCUUUUUCUGCUGUCUGAGUUGUGAACAAGUUUCCAGUAUUUUCACCUGCCCUUUGGCUUUGGUUGCAGAAUUUUUAAGGAGUGAUUAUUGCCAUGCACAACAUUUUAAUAAGACAGACUUUGUCAAUCUUUUACAGCUUAUAUGUUUUUGAGUUACAGCUCUGCAAGUCUUACUUCUGUAGAACACUAGAUAAAUAAAUCCACAUUACUUUAUAAAAGCAUUAAAUAGCUUCAUUUUAAACAUAA